UCCUGAUGUCCGGAAGUCCGAACAUUUCUGUCAUUAAGUUACUGCGUCAGGAGAAGUCCGCUUCAGCAGCGCUUUUGCGAGGUAACGCGGGUCGGGUAAGGCCAUGUAUCAGACAGUGGGAGCAGUGAUCGCUCAGCUUCUCUUCUGGCUGCUGUGCGCUGGUUUCAUUGCGUUUAUUGGGUAUUCUCUGUAUGUCUGGUAUAUUCACAAGAAAUAUGACCACAUUCCCGGACCACCAAGAGACAAUUUUUUCCUGGGACACAUUCCUACCUUUGUGAAAGAAACAAACUCGGGGCGUGUCGUACACGACACAUUUCUCCAAUGGGCUGAGAUGUAUGGUCCAGUCUACAGAAUCAACAGCUUCCAUAGUGUAGCACUAGUGGUCACCUGCCCAGAGGCUACAAAGGAGUUUUUAAUGUCCCCCAAGUAUUCCAAAGAUCCAUUUGUCUACAAACGUCUGUUCCACUUGUUUGGAAAAAGGUUCUUGGGAAAUGGACUAAUCACUGCUAUGAACCAUGACCUCUGGUACAAACAACGCAGGAUCAUGGAUCCAGCUUUCAGCAGCUCUUACCUGCGAGGAUUAAUGGGAACAUUCAACGAGAGGGCAGAAUGUCUCAUGGAUAGACUGGGGGAGAUAGCAGAAGAGCAGACAACUGCCAACAUGCACAAAUUGGUCAAUUCUGUCACCCUGGAUGUAAUUUGCAAGGUUGCUUUUGGUGUUGAUUUGGACUUGCUGAAGAACCAUGACUCCCCGUUCCCGAAUGCCAUAGAACUUUGUUUGCAGGGCAUGAUUUAUUAUAUUAGAGAUCCAUUCUUUACUCUCUUCCCCAAGAACAAAAAGAAAGUGCAGGAUAUAAAAGAUGCAGUUGAGCUCUUACGUAAAACUGGAGAUCAGUGGAUAAAUCAGAGAAAGAGUGCAGUGGAACGCGGUGAAGACGUCCCCAAAGACAUUCUUACCCAGAUUCUCAAAACGGCUGAUGAGCUUAAAGCUUUUAAUGAGGAAGACAACGAAGUGAUGCUUGACAAUUUUGUCACUUUCUUUAUAGCAGGGCAGGAAACAACAGCCAAUCAGCUUUCAUUUGCCAUAAUGGAGCUUGGAAGGCAUCCUGAAAUAUUACAAAAGGCAAAAGAAGAGGUGGAUGAGGUUAUUGGGACCAAACAUGAAAUUCUAUAUGAUGAUCUUGGAAAACUUACUUACUUGUCUCAGGUUUUAAAGGAAACACUCCGCCUAUACGCCACCGCUCCAGGCACCUCUCGCUGGCUCCACGAAGACUCUGUUAUCAGUGGAUUUAAAAUCCCAGCAGGAUGUGCAGUUCUUUUGAGUUCUUAUAUCUCAUCUCGGAUGGACAAAUUCUUCAAAGAUCCACUGAAAUUUGAUCCAGAAAGAUUUAAUCCAACUGCCACAAAACCAUAUUUCUGCUACUACCCAUUUGCCCUUGGCCCACGGUCCUGUCUUGGACAGGUUUUUUCACAAAUGGAGGCAAAAGUCGUGCUGGCCAAACUUCUUCAGAGAUUCGAAUUCACUCUUGAGCCUGGACAGUCCUUUAGGGUAAAGGAUACGGGAACUCUUCGUCCUGAAAGUGGAGUGCUGUGCAAAAUCAACCACCGAACUUAGAGCCAGCCCUAAGUGUUAUAACCAUACACUGUACCUAAUCUUCUUUACUAUAAGGCAAUAAGAGCCUAUUUACUUCAUAUAUGUGAUAUGGAACCAUAUAAUCACAGACAUUACAACACCAACAAAAUGGAUGGUAGUAUUAUUUUUUGAAAUUACCACAGAUACCACAGACGUCUCUUGAUGUUAUUAGUUUUUAUAGGUGGAGGGGGUGAUUGAAAGUUGAUGUUGGUUUUCUAUUAUUCUGUUAUGUGAAUUAAACAUAAUUGUACAGAUUUAAA